UGGUGACAGCGCCUACGUGGGGAUGAGUGACGGAAACCCAGAGCUCCUGUCGACCAGCCAGACUUAUAACAGCCAGAACGAGACCAACGAAGACUAUGAGAUCCCCCCUAUAACACCCCCAAACCUCCCAGAGCCAUCCCUCCUGCACCUGGGGGACCACGAAGCCAGCUACCACUCGCUGUGCCACGGCCUUGCACCCAACGGUCUGCUCCCUGCCUACUCCUACCAGGCCAUGGACCUCCCGGCCAUCAUGGUGUCCAACAUGCUGGCCCAGGACAGCCACCUGUUGUCAGGCCAACUGCCCACGAUCCAGGAAAUGGUCCACUCGGAGGUUGCUGCCUAUGACUCCGGCCGACCAGGGCCCCUGCUGGGCCGGCCAGGGAUGCUGGCCAGUCACGUGAGCGCCCUCAGCCAGUCUCAGCUCAUUUCUCAGAUGGGCAUUCGGAGUGGCAUCACUCACAGCUCGCCGUCCCCCCCAGGAAGCAAGUCAGCGACCCCCUCACCCUCCAGCUCGACUCAAGAGGAGGAGACAGAAGCACAUUUCAAGAUCUCAGGAGAGAAGAGACCCUCAGCUGACCCGGGGAAAAAGGCCAAGAACCCGAAGAAGAAGAAGAAGAAGGACCCCAACGAGCCCCAGAAGCCCGUGUCGGCCUACGCGCUGUUCUUCAGAGACACUCAGGCUGCCAUCAAGGGGCAGAACCCCAGCGCCACCUUCGGCGACGUGUCCAAGAUUGUGGCCUCCAUGUGGGACAGCUUGGGAGAGGAGCAGAAGCAGGCCUACAAGAGGAAGACAGAAGCCGCUAAGAAGGAGUAUCUGAAGGCUCUGGCAGCCUACAGGGCCAGCCUCGUCUCCAAGAGCCCCCCAGACCAGGGGGAAACCAAGAGUCCACAGGCCAACCCGCCAGCCAAAAUGCUACCCCCCAAGCAGCCCAUGUAUGCCAUGCCAGGCCUGGCCUCCUUCCUGACACCGUCGGACCUACAGGCCUUCCGCGGAGGGGCCUCUCCCGCAAGCCUCGCCCGGACGCUGGGCUCCAAGUCGCUGCUGUCGGGCCUCAGCGCGUCAUCCCCGCCGCCCUCCUCCUUCCCGCUCAACCCUCCUCUGCACCAGCAGCUGCCACUGCCGCCCCAUGCACAGGGCGCCCUUCUCAGCCCACCUGUUAGCAUGUCGCCAGCUCCCCAGCCCCCCGUCCUGCCCACCCCCAUGGCACUCCAGGUGCAGCUGGCUAUGAGCCCCUCACCUUCAGGGCCGCAGGAUUUCCCUCACAUCUCUGAGUUCCCCAGCAGUUCGGGGUCCCGCUCCCCUGGCCCAUCGAGCACCACGAGCAGUGGAGACUGGGACAGCAGCUACCCAAGCGGGGAGUGUGGCAUCAGUACCUGCAGCCUGCUCCCCCGAGACAAAUCACUCUACCUCACCUAAUCCCACCACCUCCCUCCCGCCUUGUCCCUGAGGCUCGCUGGAGGACACUGCUCGGGGUCUGAGGGGCUGACCGCAGAAAACAGGCCUUGCCAGGCAGCAGGCAGCAGGGUGAGCAGUAGCGACGAGGGAGCAGUAACACGCCAAUGCCCAGGGCAGAGUCCCCUCCGCCACCUCCCACCGGACUCUCCAGAGGCAGCCCACGCCCGCGCCAAACCCAAAGAACCUGCAGGAAGCUUCCACCC